AUGAAUCAAUCUGUGAUCAGAAUGACGAGGUAUUUGGGGCAGCGCGAAGCACAGCGCUUGGAUGAGAAGCUUAUGAGCGCAAUGCACGGAUUUAGCAUUGACCAGCUCAUGGAACUCGCGGGACUUAGUGUGGCUGCAGCGAUCGGAAAGCAGUAUCCUCUAACUUCAAUGUCGUCUACGCCAACUGAGAGUUUUAAACGCGUGCUCGUAGUUGCAGGUCCGGGUAACAAUGGGGGCGAUGCGCUGGUAGCAGCACGCCAUUUAGUGCAUUUCGGGUAUCAGCCGACCAUUUUGCACCCAAAGCGUAGUGCGAAGCCUCUUUUUCAGGGACUAGUGACGCAAUGUGAACAAUUGAAGAUUCCAUUUAUUGAACAGAUUCAGGAUGCCUCAAGCGUGGAUUCUACUUACGAUAUCAUUUUGGACGGCAUAUUCGGGUUCAGCUUCUCUGGAAGCAUUCGUCCGCCGUUUGACCACAUUGUCGAUACAAUUCGAAAGUGUCAAACCCCAAUAGUCUCAAUUGAUAUCCCAUCAGGGUGGCAUGUUGAAAAAGGAAAUGAAGAUGGUACUGGAUUGGACCCACACAUGCUGAUAUCGCUGACGGCUCCAAAGCUCUGUGCACAGUACUUUACAGGUUCUGAUAAGGUCCACUAUAUUGGAGGACGCUUUUUACCGAGAUCGCUGGCGGACGAAUUUCAACUGGAGUUGCCCAAAUAUCCUGGCGUAGAGCAGUGCGUAAAACUGCCGCUUCUAUAA